AUUCCCUGGUCACAUGACUGUGACAUCAUCACAGGUCCUACACCUCCAGCAUGUAGCAGAUACAGAGCAGGUCCUGGUCGGGCAGUCUCUGCUGUUGUGUUGUGAUUUCUGCUCCUCAGGAUUACACCAGCCAUCUCCAUGAGUCAGGACGGAGCAGGGCCCGGGGCCCCAUCAUAAAGCCUCCACCUCACUCACCGAUACAAGAGCAGAAGAUCCUAGAACGUAUCCACAGGAUCACUGAGCUGCUGACUAGAGAGGUUCCUAUAAGGUGUCAGGACGUGGCGGUCUGUUUCUCCAUGGAGGAGUGGGAGUAUGUAGAAGGACACAAGGAUCAGUACAAGGAUCAGGUCAUGAUGGAGGAUCAGCAGCCGCUCACAUCACCAGAUGGAGUCAUGGAUAGAAAUCCACCCGAGAGGUGUCCCCGUUCUCUGUAUUCCCAGGACUGUCCAGAGGGAAAUGUCCCAGAGAACCAUCAGGGUGAAAAUAUUAUUACUAUUAAGGUUGAGGUAAAAGAGGAAUCAGAAGAGGAGACGGAUCAGCAGUAUGGAGUCAUGGAUAGAAAUCCACCCGAGAGGUGUCCCCGUCCUCUGUAUUCCCAGGACUGUCCAGAGGGAAAUGUCCCAGAGAACCAUCAGGGGGGAUAUCUGACUAAUAAUAAAGUGGAGGAUGAAGAAGAGAGGAUGAGGGGCCAUCACCCGUGUAUGAAGGAAGUGAAGGAGGAAAUUCCAGGAGGUGUUACCCCAGAUGGAGUCAUGGAUAGAAAUCCACCCGAGAGGUGUCCCCGUCCUCUGUAUUCCCAGGACUGUCCAGAGGGAAAUGUCCCAGAGAACCAUCAGGGUGAAGAUAUGACUGACAUUAAAGUAGAGGUUAUAGAUGAAUUAGAAGAGGAGACAGAUUUCAGGGCCAAUCAGCAGCAUGGAGUCAUGGAUAGAAAUCCACCCGAGAGGUGUCCCCGUCCUCUGUAUUCCCAGGCCUGUCCUGAGGGAAAUGUCCCAGAGAACCAUCAGGAUGAAGAUCUGAUCGAUAUUAAGGUUGAGGUUGUAGAUGAAUCUGAAGAGGAGACGGAUUUCACGGCGGAUCAGCAGUAUGGAGUCAUGGAUAGAAAUCCACCCGAGAGGUGUCCCCGUCCUCUGUUUUCCCAGGACUGUCCAGAGGGAAAUGUCCCAGAGAAGCAUCAGGGGGGAGAUCUGACUAAUAAUAAAGUGGAGGAUGAAGAAGAGAGGAUGAGGGGUCAUCACCCGUGUAUGAGGAAAGUGAAGGAGGAAAUUCCAGGAGGUGUUUCCCCAGAAACUCCCACGAAUGAUUCUGAAGGAAACUUCAAGUUAUCGCCACAUUGUAAAAAAGAAGACGAAGAUAUGAUGGAGCGCUCCUCAGGGGAAGACCUCCUCACCGUAAUUGUCCAUCCAGGACUUCACAGUCAAGAUCUAUCCUAUAAUAAUCCCCCUGAUCAUGAGGAACCUGACCAAUCUCGGGUUGUGAACGCAAGUACAGAACGGGAAGGAGGGAAAAAGAUCCAAUGUGAUGAAUGUGGAAAACAGUUUACAAGGAGAUCGAAUCUCUGUACACACCGAAAAAUCCACACAGGAGAGAAGCCGUAUCCAUGUUCGGAAUGUGGAAAGUGCUUUAUCUACAAGUCUGAGCUUGUUAAACAUAAGAAAGUUCACACAGGAGAAAAGCCAUAUUCGUGUUCAGAAUGUGGGAAACGUUUUACAUAUAAAUCAAAUCUUGUUACACAUGAGAGAAUUCACACGGGAGAGAAGCCAUAUUUUUGUUCAGAAUGUGGAAGAUGUUUUACAGAUAAAUCAAGUCUUGUUACACAUGAGAAGGUUCACACAGGAGAGAAGCCGUAUUCCUGUUCGGAAUGUGGAAAGUGUUUUACAAAUAAAUCAAGCCUGGUCAAACAUGAGAGGAUUCACACAGGAGAGAAGCCCUAUUCAUGUUCAGAGUGUGGAAGAUGUUUUGCAAAUAAAUCAAACCUUGUAACACAUGAAAUAUGUCACACAGGAGAGAAGCCGCAUUCGUGUUCAGAAUGUGGAAAAUGUUUUACCAAUAAAUCAAGUCUUGUUAAACAUGAGAGAAUUCAUACAGGAGAGAAGCCAUAUUCGUGUUCAGAAUGUGAAAAAUGUUUUUCAACUCAAUCAAGUCUUGUGAGACAUGAGAGAACCCACACAGGAGAGAAGCCGUAUUCAUGUUCCGAAUGUAAUAAAUGCUUUACAGAUAAGCCAAGUCUUGUUACACAUGAGAGAAGCCACACGGGCGUGAGGCCGUAUUCGUGUUCAGAAUGUGGAAAAUGUUUCACAAAUAAAUCCAGCCUUAUUAAACACGAGAAAAGUCACACAAGAGAGAAGCCGUUUGCAUGUUCAGAAUGUGGAAAAUGCUUUACGUAUAAAUCCGAUCUCGUUAAACACGAGAAAAGUCACACAAGAGAGAAACCAUAUCCGUGUUUAGAAUGUGGGAAAUGUUUUACCAAUAAAUCGAAUCUUGUUAUACAUGAGAAAAGUCACACAGGGGAGAAGCCGUACAGAUGUUCAGAAUGUGGGAAAGGCUUUAUACAGAAAUCUGAUCUUGUUAGACAUGAACGAAGUCACACAGGGGAGAAGCCAUACGCAUGUUCAGAAUAUGGAGUCAUGGAUAGAAAUCCACCCGAGAGGUGUCCCCGUCCUCUGUAUUCCCAGGACUGUCCAGAGGGAAAUGUCCCAGAGAAGCAUCAGGAUGAAGAUUUGAUCGAUAUUAAGGUUGAGGUUAUAGAUGAAUCAGAAGAGGAAAUGGAUUUUGGGGCCAAUCAGCAGUAUGGAGUCAUGGAUAGAAAUCCACUCGAGAGGUGUCCCCGUCCUCUGUAUUCCCAGGACUGUCCAGAGGGAAAUGUCCCAGAGAAGCUUCAGGGGGGAGAUCUGACUAAUAAUAAAGUGGAGGAUGAAGAAGAGAGGAUGAGGGGCCAUCACCCGUGUAUGAGGGAAGUGAAGGAGGAAAUUCCAGGAGGUGUUACCCCAGAAAAUCCCAGUAAGAACCUAGAUGGAAACUUCAUGUUAUCGCUGAAUUAUAAAGUAGAAGAUGAAUAUAUGAUGGAGCGCUCCUCAGGAAAAGACCUCCUCACCCCUAAUGUACAUCCAGAUCUAUCCUAUAAUAAUCCUCCUGAUCAUGAGGAACCUUCUCCAGACCAAUCACAGAUGAUUACGACAAAUAGUGGACAAGAACAAGAGAAAAGGAUUCAUUGUGAUGAAUGUGGAAAAGAGUUUUCAGAAAAACUAGAUCUUUUUCCCCAUCAAGGAAGUCACGCAGGAGUGAAGCAGUAUGUAUGUUUAGAAUGUGGGAAAUGUUUUACACAUAAAUCAAGCCUUUCCGUACAUGUGAGAAGUCACACCGGAGAGAAGCCGUACUCAUGUUCACAAUGUUGUAAAUGUUUUACAGUGAAAUCACAUCUUGUUACACACGAGAGAAGGCACAGGGGCGAGAAGCCGUAUUCAUGUUCUGAAUGUGAAAAAUGUUUUACACAUAAAUCAAGCCUUUCCGUACAUGUGAGAAGUCACACAGGAGAGAAGCCGUACUCAUGUUCACAAUGUUGUAAAUGUUUUACAGUGAAAUCACAUCUUGUUACACACGAGAGAAGGCACAGGGGCGAAAAGCCGUAUUCAUGUUCUGAAUGUGGGAAAUGUUUUACAUGUAAAUCACAGCUUGUUGUACACGAAAGAAGUCACACAGGGGAGAAGCCAUAUACGUGUCUGGAAUGUGGGAAAUGUUUUACAAGUAAAUCACAUCUUGUUAUACAUGAGAGAGGUCACACAGGGCAGAAGCCGUAUUCGUGUCUAGAAUGUGGGAAAUGUUUUACGCGCAAAUUACAUCUUGUUACGCACGAUAGAAUUCACACAGGAGAGAAGCCAUAUUCAUGUUCAGAAUGUGGGAAAUGUUUUAUUGCUAAGGGCAGUCUAAGGACUCAUCAGAAAAGUCACACAGGAGAAUACUUCUUAAAACAACCAUACCAAAUGGAUUCAAGACAGAAGCGUUCAGCAUAUACAGCCCGUUUCAAGUUAAAGGUUGUGGAAUAUGCCAAGCAACAUGGAAAUAGGGCUGCAGCAAGGCAUUUUGGAGAGCCACCAACAGAAUGCACAAUACGAGAGUGGCGAAAAGAUGAAGCAAAAAUCAAGAUAUUGCCAAAAACAAAAUGCAAUGGUCGAAGUGGUAUUGUUAAAUGGCCACAAUUGGAAAACCUGGUAAAGGAAUUCGUACUGAAUCAAAGAAAAGCAGGCAUUGCCUUAUCAACAAAAAUGAUCAUUUUUGAAGCAGUGAAAAUCGGCAAAGCGUUACAAAUCCAAGAUUUCAAAGGGACAACAUCAUGGUGCCAAAGAUUUAUGAAGAGGCAUGACCUUCGGAUGCGAACAAGAACCAGGAUUGCCCAGCGUAUGCCUGACGAGUUUAUUAUUAACGCAAGGAGGAGACGACAUUUUGAAAUGGGUCAAAUCGGCAACAUGGAUGAAGUAUCCCUGACUUUCGAUGUUCCUUCAAAUAAAACCGUGGACUCGAAAGACGCCAAAACUGUAACGAUCAAAACUUCAGGGCAUGAAAAAAAGUUGCCACCAUUGGUCAUUUUUAAAAGAAAAACUUUACCAAAGGAGAAUAUUCCAAGGGGCGUACACGUACAUGUUCACCCUAAAGGUUGGAUGGAUGAAGAAGGCAUGAAGUUGUGGCUAAAAAAUGUGUGGGGGAAGCGCCCAGGAGCUUCGUUAAGGAAGCCAUGCUUAUUAGUAUUGGACGCAUUUAGAUCUCAUCUUACAGAAACAAUAAAGCAAGAAUUUCAAAAGUUCAAAACAGAUAUCGCAGUUAUUCCAGGUGGACUAACCUCACAAUUGCAGCCAUUAGAUGUUUCCAUUAACAAACCCAUCAAAGCCCAUAUGCGUGAAGAGUGGAACAAAUAUCUGUGUGAUGAAACUCAACAUGAAGUCACAAAUUCUGGGCGAAUGAAAAGACCUAGCAUUACAAAAGUGUGCCAGUGGGUGAAAACUUCAUGGAACACAGUCAGUGAAGAUAUUGUUAUCAGAUCUUUUAAGAAAUGUGGCAUAAGCAAUGCUUUGGAUAGGGAAGAAGACGAAGUGAUCUAUGAAGACAGUGGCAGUGGAAGCAGUAGUGGUCAGCUCGAUUCUGAAGAUGGCUGUGAAGACGAAGAGUUUUUUGGACACCAGGAUACGCCCCAUUACUCUGUGAUUCUCGAUUUAGUGCGGUCAAUGAGUGCGGUCAUACAGCAGUGCGGUCAGCGAGUGCGGCCAUACAGCAGUGCGUCAGGACGUGGCGGUCUAUUUCUCCAUGGAGGAGUGGGAGUAUGUAGAAGGACACAAGGAUCAGUACAAGGAUCAGUUCAUGAUGGAGGAUCAGCAGCCUCUCCCAUCACCAGGCAAUCUAUUCCCUGUGUGUUCCCUACAGAUGGAGUCAUGGAUAGAAAUCCACUCGAGAGGUGUCCCCGUCCUCUGUAUUCCCAGGACUGUCCAGAGGGAAAUGUCCCAGAGAACCAUCAGGGUGAAGAUCUGAUUUAUAUUAAAGUUGAAGUUAAAGAGGAAUCAGAAGAGGAGACGGAUCAGCAGUAUGGAGUCAUGGAUAGAAAUCCACCCGAGAGGUGUCCCCGUCCUCUGUAUUCCCAGGACUGUCCAGAGGGAAAUGUCCCAGAGAAGCAUCAGGGGGGAGAUCUGACUAAUAAUAAAGUGGAGGAUGAAGAAGAGAGGAUGAGGGGCCAUCACCCGUGUAUGAGGGAAGUGAAGGAGGAAAUUCCAGGAAGUGUUACCCCAGAAAAUCCUAACUCUGAGGGAAACUUAAUUUUGUCCCGGAAUUAUAAAGUAGAAGAUGAAGAUAUGAUAGAGCGCUCCUCAGGAGAAGACCUCCUCACUCCUAAUGUCCAUCCAAGACUUUACAGUACAGAUAUACCCUAUAAUAAUCCCCCUGAUCAUGAGGAACCAUCUCCCGGCCAAUCACAGAUGGUUACCUCAAGGACAGAUCAGAAAGGGGGAAGCAUUCAGUGUGAUGAAUGUGGAAAAGAAUUUACAAGAAGAACAAGUCUCUUUGCCCACAGAAGAAUCCACACAGGAGAGAAGCCAUAUUCAUGUUCAGAAUGUGAAAAAUGCUUCACAUAUAAAACACAUCUUGUUAUACAUGAGAGAAUUCACACAGGGGAGAAGCCGUAUUCCUGUCCAGAAUGUAAAAAAUGUUUUAUGGAUAAACCAAGUCUUGUUAAACAUGAAAGGAUUCACACAGGAGAGAAGCCGUAUUCAUGUUCAGAAUGUGGGAAAUGUUUUACAAAUAAACCAAGUCUUGUUAGACAUGAGAGAAGUCACACAGGAGAGAAGCCGUAUACAUGUUCAGAAUGUGGGAAAUGCUUUACAAUUCAGUCAAGUCUUGUUAUACAUGAGAGAAUUCACACAGGAGAGAUGCCAUAUUCAUGUGAGGAAUGUGGGAAAUGUUUUAGACACAACUCAUGCCUAGUUAGACAUAAGAGAGCGCAUAUAGAAAAGCCAUAUUCAUGUUAGUUUAUUAGUGUUUUUGUAACAUUACUUCAGAGACUAAGAUUUGAUAUACAAACUUUGGUGAAACAAUUUUUAUACAUAAAAUAAAACAACCGUUCACAAUGUGGAAAAUGUUUUAUUACUGAAGGAAAACUCAAGGAUCAUCAGCAACACUUGGGAGAGUAGCUCAUGUAACUCUUGCUCAUAAUUUAGGAAAUGUUUUACAAAUCAAUCAACUUUUGUUAGUCAUAAGGGAAUCCACACAGGAAAUAAACCAUAUUCUUAUUCAGAAUGUGGGAAAUAUUUUUCAGAUAAAUCCUAUUUUGCUAGAUGCAAGAAAAUUCACACAGGAGAGAAAUAUUUUUCAAGGACAAGAAAUUUUAGACCAUCAUAGA